GAGGAGCUGAAAUAUGAAACUCGCAGCUAUGCUGCUCCGGCUGAAAAGAACAAGCUGCUCAUUUUGUUCCUGCUGUAGAAGUGACCGUUUCCUUUUGCAUUGCCUGUGCUGGACUUCAGAACACUUAGUAAAUUACAGAAAUGGCUCCCACUAGGAAAAAAGAAACAAGUGGAAAGUGUGUUCCCAUCACCUAAGGAUAUUGAUUGCUUUAUUCGACUGAGUUAUGUGGAAUGCUUCAGUGUUUGCACAUUGUCUUGAGAACUGUCUGGGACCUCUUUUGUGGGUCUGUAAGUGCAGCUCUAGCACAUCCCCUGGGCCCCUAUGUUAUCAGAGAGGACAAGCAGUUUGGGGCCAGCUCUUUGGGUAGAAAGAGGGCAGUAUGGCAGAACCUGCCCUGUGCACUGCCUCUCUUCUGCCUGUUAUCAGCUGCUGUGCGAUUACAGACCCCAGAAUCCAGAAGGACCUCGUACUCCAGGUUUAAGAAUUCCAUCAAGAAGAAGCUGACAGCCAGGGCGCCGGUGGCAAGUAGCCCUAUUGUCACAAGAUGGCAGCAGCUGCACAUGAGAAGCAGCACAGAGGAGCUGCACGGGGCCUCUCAGAUGACAGAUAUUAGUGCUUCUGGGGCACCUCGGCUCAUCAAUGCACCUGGGAAUACUCCAGUGUCAUCUCAGGUGCCUAACAAACUCUCUGUCAAGAAAACUGUUGUGACUCUAGCUAGCAGUCACAAUGUAGCAGGCUUAGAAGAGAGAAAUAGCAGCAGAGCUGAAAUGGGAAAGAGACAGAAAUGUGCUUCUCAGCUUCUGAUGGUCCAAGAGGUUGGAUAUAGCAAUGCAGAAAGUGGUGGCAUGAAGGUCUGUGAAAAUAUUAGUUGCAUUUGGAAAGAAUGUCGAAAGGGGCUGCAGAAUGAGUUUAGAGCUGUUACCACCAUGAAGCCUGUCAUACCAUUGGAGCCAGAAGUGAGGCUUCAUGUGUCUGGGUUGCGCGAUGAUUACUAUCUAAACAUACUGGACUGGAACCGUGAAAAUCUCAUUGCUAUUGCGCUAGGACCUGCAGCACACAUCUGGAAUGGAAGAACUCUCCAAGGCAUUGAAAGGAUUAAUUUGAAUUCCAGUUCCAAAUACAUUUCCUCUCUGGCUUGGAUAAAAGAGGGAACUUGCCUUGCAAUUGGCACCAGCGAUGGAGAAGUGCAACUGUGGGACAUUGAAACGAAAAAGAGGUUGAGAAAUAUGUUUGGUCACCUGUCUGUAGUUGGAGCUCUGAGCUGGAAUCAUUAUAUUCUAAGUAGUGGUUCAAGGUUAGGAUCUAUUCAUCAUCACGAUGUUCGGGUUGCUCAGCACCACGUUGGGACUCUUUGCCAAAACAAGCAAAGCAUUUGCAGCCUGAAAUGGUCACUAACCAAUAAGUUGCUGGCAAGUGGGUCUAGUGAUGGAAUAUUGAAUAUCUGGCCUAGUGACCCUGGUGUGAAAGUGCAGUCACAGCCACUGAAAACCUUACCUCAUUCCUCAGGAGUCAAGGCUAUGAACUGGUGUCCUUGGCAGUCCAAAAUCCUUGCUACAGGAGGUGGAAUGAAAGAUGGGAUUUUGCGUGUCUGGGACAUAAAUCGUGAGAAAAUCAUCCAAAGUGCAGCUACAGAUUCUCAGAUUUGUUCCUUGCUCUGGUUACCCAAAACCAGCGAACUGAUGACUGGACAAGGCCUUCCUAGAAAUCAGAUGGUAAUAUGGAAGUAUCCUAUGCUUAUCAAUUCAUCAGAACUCUAUGGUCACAAAGGGAGAGUGCUGCAUGUAGCCCUGAGCCCAGAUGAGAGCAGGCUCUUUUCUGUGGCAGCUGAUGGGACAGCCUGUGUGUGGAAAUGCCACGAGUCUGGGGAGAGCAGACACACUGGCAAGGCUUUUUCUGAUGGUUAUCUGGGCUCGUUCUUGUGACUUCUUUUCCUUGAAAGCAAGUGAUUAAGUGUAUUUGGCCCAUUCAAUAAUUAGGAACAUAUAUGUUCCUUCCAAAUGAAACAUGGCAAAAAUAGCAUCAUGUUUUCAUGAGAAAGCAAUUUUCCCCAUCAGUCCAUAAUCAUGUAGAAUGUUAGUAGCUUGUCUCACUUGCAGUAGAGGAAAAAUAUCGUAAGUUUGAAGAAUAAUAUAACACUUAUUUUCAUUAAGCUAGCAAGCAUGGGUGGAAUCCACCCUAUGUCAAGUGCCAGCAUAAAGUCUUAGGUCCUGCUUUUAGCUAUGGUUCUUGUAAGUAGUUUUAUAUCAUCUUAGCAUUUCCUGGGAACACACAUGCCCCUCAUGUAAUAAACCUUGAAUCAUUCAAGGGCCAGGAUGAGCAGAGACCAGCCCAAGGGAGUGGAUCUUCUAUACAUCACAUAGAUCAUAGUGCAAAAGAGAAUCUGUCUAAAUAUUUCUUAAGACCCAGCCUAAAUACAUAACUAACUAAAGAUAAAUAAUUUCUUGGGAAUUCUUUAUUGUCUUCAUAGCAGCAAUGAGAACUGAGUUUAUUAGAAAACUGUCCUUUACUGGAUUUUGAAUUGUUUCCUUAAACUCACCUAUCGUGUGUGAUAGAUAUUUGAAAAUAUAAAUACAUGUGUAAUAAUUCUGUUACUGUGCAUAAUUAUGUGAUUAACUGGUUAAUAAGCCUGAUAAGCAGAGUCAAAGAGGCAUUCUGUUUGGGUCAAACACAACAGUUAGAUCAUUUAUCCUAUAGGGAUGCCAGUUUAAUUCUGGGUGUCAGCAAACCUGGCAGCUGGCACUCUUUAUGAAUUUUUAGUGCUCACAGGGGCCCAACCCCUUUGAUUUUAAUGGGAAUUUGUCUGAGUAAGACCUGUAUGCUGUCAACAGCUAAGUAAGGCUGUCAGGAUUCAUCUUCAGAUGCUAUUCAGAUGCAACUCAGUGAUGCUGUUCAAAGCAUGCCCUAUCCACAGAUGUCUUUGGAGCUUUGCUUUCACCAUUGGAAGAAAGGCACUGGGUAAGGAUUCAGUCUUGUAUUUGUACAUUAAAAGCCUUGUA